CACCGCCCACUUCGACCGCGUCUGCCUUUACGGCAACUGCGAAAGUGUCGCGAACGCGCCGCUGCCGCCGAGCAGAGUCACCCGGACGGCCCGAGUGGAAGAUAAAAAACAAGCAGAUAACAGAAGACAGGAGCUAAAGAUCCAUGAGUGGACAUCGAUCAACAAGAAAACGAUGUGGGGAUCCUCACCCGGAGGCCCCUGUGGGCUUCGGGCAUGUGAAUGCCACAGGAUGUGUAUUAAGUAAGUUGCUUCAGUUGCCUACCCCACCAUUAUCAAAACACCAGCUAAAGCGCCUAGAAGAACACAGAUAUCAAAGUGCUGGACGAUCCUUGCUUGAACCCUUAAUGCAAGGUUACUGGGAAUGGCUAGUUGGAAGAGUUCCAUCCUGGAUUGCCCCAAAUCUCAUCACCAUCAUUGGACUAUCAAUAAACAUCUGUACGACUGUUUUGUUAAUAUACUAUUGUCCCACAGCUACAGAACAGGCACCUCUGUGGGCAUAUAUUGCCUGUGCAUGUGGCCUUUUCAUUUAUCAGUCUUUGGAUGCUAUAGAUGGGAAACAAGCCAGAAGAACCAACAGUAGCUCUCCUUUGGGAGAACUUUUUGACCAUGGCUGUGAUUCACUUUCUACAGUCUUUGUAGUUCUUGGAACCUGCAUUGCAGUACAGCUGGGAACCAACCCUGACUGGAUGUUCUUCUGUUGUUUUGCUGGGACUUUCAUGUUUUACUGUGCACACUGGCAAACUUAUGUUUCUGGAACGUUGCGAUUUGGAAUAUUCGAUGUUACAGAGUCCCAGACCCUAGUUAUAACAUCCCAGCUUCUCACAGGAACCGUGGGACCCUGGUUCUGGAAUUUCACGAUUCCAGUGCUGAAUAUUCAAAUGAAAAUUUUUCCAGCGCUUUGUACUGUAGCAGGGACCAUAUUCUCCUGUACAAAUUACUUCCGUGUAAUCUUCACAGGUGGUGUGGGCAAAAACGGAUCAACCAUAGCAGGAACAAGUGUCCUUUCUCCUUUUCUCCAUAUUGGAUCAGUGAUUACAUUAGCUGCAAUGAUCUACAAGAAGUCAGCUGUUCAACUCUUUGAAAAACAUCCCUGUCUUUAUAUACUGACAUUUGGUUUUGUAGCUGCUAAAAUCACUAACAAGCUUGUGGUUGCACACAUGACCAAGAGUGAAAUGAGUCUACACGACACAGCCUUCAUAGGUCCUGCCCUUUUGUUUCUGGACCAGUACUUUAACAGCUUUAUUGAUGAAUAUAUUGUGCUUUGGAUUGCUCUGGUCUUCUCCUUAUUUGAUUUAAUUCGCUACUGUGUCAGUGUCUGCAAUCAGAUUGCUUCUCACCUGCGCAUAAAUGUCUUCAGAAUCAAGGCCUCCACAGCACAUUCUAAUCAUCAUUAGUGACUUAAUUGUUAUUGUAAUGAGAAAUAGGAAGCAGAUUUUUCUGCAGGAAAGAAUCAGAAAAUAUUGAGGAGAAUGGGGGUGGAUAAGAACAAAUCUAAUUUAUAAUAAUCAAUGUUGUAUAACUUCUAGUCUUCGUUCUUGGUAACACUCCUUAACUAGCCUCUGUGAGAAGAGGGAAUUCCAAGUCCUAUCUUGUAAAACAUACAUGUAGUCCUACUGGUUUUGGCCCAAGAAAGCAUGCAGGAAAUAAUGCCUUGUCUUUGUCAUUCAUUACCUUUGAAUACUGAAUAAAUUUGUCCUGGGGAGCAGAGCUGCAACAAUGGAAAAUUUCUGGUGUAAACUAUUUACAGACCAUAAGACUGCUACUUUAUAAUUUUAAUAAAUCAUCAUCUUUUAGUGAAAUACUUGUUCAGUGUUCACUCAAAUUUUCUUUACUAAGGAGCUCAGCUCAUGGCACAGAGAUAUCCCCCGGCUCCUGUGGCUGAGCUAGUGCUGGUGACUGAGACUAGGUUGAAGGGGUUCCUGUGUUUACAUUACUGGGGAAGGCCAAGUGUUACUGAAGAAUGAAUGACGGCCUUCUGGGUCUGGGGAGAGCCCCUCAGCAUGAAGUAUAAUGUGGUAUCUUUUGUCAAUUACUUUUAUUUUUUUAAAUAAAUAUAUUAUCUAAAAGCCAACUUAUUUCUCAAUUUUAUUCCAGUGGAAAGACUUAAAAACUAAGUUUUAAUGUUUGUUUUUUUGUAUGAAAUUUAAGCAAAAUUUAUUUCUGCUCUUUAAUAAAUAAGGAAAUUCUG